AUGAGUAUGGAAAUUAAGCAUGAAACAAAUCUAGGUACUGAACCUUGUGUGGUGGCUUGGCAUAAAAACUUAUUUAUCGGCACAGAAUGCGGAUCUGUGAUUUGCUUGAACGAAGACCUUUCUCCAGUAACAAAGUGGUCAGCGCAUGAAGUACAAAUAUUUGCUAUAGCAGCGAACGAAACAAAUGUAUAUACUUCAUCGAAUGAUGGUUUAUUAAAGGUUUGGACAACAAAAGGCGAAAAAGUAACUGAGAUACCGACUUCCGGUGCUGAUAUAGGUGCCUUAUUUAUAUUGGAUAAAGAGUUAUAUACUGGAGAUGAAGGCGGAAAUGUACUCGUAUAUCAAAACAAUAAUUUGAAAGCUUCUUUCAAUGUGUUAGAGGAAGUGAAGGAUGUCGUAGUAAAGCCCCCAUACAUGUUUACUGCACGAGAUCUAUAUGUUACAGUUACUGAAAUCAAACCUGACCAAUCUAAGGAUCGCUUUGUCACACGCCAUGUUAUGGAAGGGCGGGCGCCAAUGAGGAUACUGAAUCAAUCACGUCUCUUGGUCAUGGCAAGAGGAGCAAACAAUUUACAACUACACGACUUAUCUGUGGACUCUAAGUUCAAGAAACUACACGAAGUAAAGGUGAGCGACAUGAUUGUUACAAGUCUAACAACAAGUGGAGAUUAUGCGUGGACGGGUGGUUGGGACGGCUGUGUACGCUGCUGGAAAAUAUCUGCAGAUAAAAUUGAAGCCGUGGGGGACUUAAAACUUGGAGCUUGCAUAAAUGCCUUAGUGGCAUCUUCACUUAAUAGUGUUUACACACUUCUUACUGGUGGUCGUGUUAUCCUAAUAAAAACUGCAUAA